AUGGCAGACACCACCAAAUCCUACUAUUCCCUCCCCACACAGGCACCCCAGCAGCACAGAUCAGGCAGCCGUCGUCCACCGCUGACCCCAUCGACCGUUUCCUCGCCCUGCCUCAGCACACAUGCUCCCAUUGCAACCCGCAGAGACUCUGGUUCCGGUAGCCCAACCAAGGCCUCAGCCUUGCUCGCAAAGGUCGCUUCCAAUCCCUUGUCACCCAGAGGAGAAACCCCGGGAACGAGUCCAAUGCCGUCACCCGCUCCCAGAGCCGCCGAGAUGCAUUCAAGUCCACUGUACACACCGGAAAGGCCAGGCGUCUGGAGGACCGAGAGCGCUCGCUAUGUCAGGCAGCACAGACAGCAGGAUGGCUAUGUUAGCUUCCCUGACUUCGAGAAGUUUUGCCAAUCCCCUAGUCCUUGCGAAAAUCAGCACCGCGAGCAUCAUGCCGUUAAAACGUGA